UUACCCUGGCCUAUCGCUUCAUGACGCUACUGGCUGAUUGCAUUGCACCGCGUGAUCGUGUUUGAGCGUUUUUUGCUGAUGGAUGGCAAUGGUUGCAUGUGUGAGGACCGGUAUUGGCAUUGUCCCAAGACGGGGGAAACCGCAGCAUUUGGCAAUGAAGCAGUAAGCCUUGAUGACACGGACAUAUAAGCAUGCCUGUUCGCUUGGUCCCGUAUGCUGAAGGUCUCUUGUGCGUUCUCUUCUUGUUCUCGCGUCUUUGCUGGAAGGUUUCCUGAAGCUAUUCUCACCUGAGCUUGAACGCGACGAAUACAUAAGCUCUAGUGCGCGCGUCUGACUCCAUUUUGGCCAUGGCAGAACCCGAGAAGGAGACUAAAAUUGAUCCAGUAGUCGUAGAUGAGCAACACGAGCGCAAGGCGUCCAUCUUCGACGAUGAAAAGAAGCGCAAAGAGAGUGUCGCUCGUCUAACAGCCAAUCUUGAAGGCGAAAUCCGCAACCCGCUCGUCGACAUCCCGCGAGAGCAGCUCCUAGCCAACGUCCACGACUUCGCCACAGAACACCAAUUAACUGACGUUGAGCCCCUCCUCGUCAAAGGCGCCCUCCUCGCCCAGUCGCCCGGACUCUUCGAAGACCUCGAAGAACUCGAUGAAAACGACCGCACCGCCAUCCGCGAAGAAAUCACCCAUCGUUUCAAACUCCCUCGUACACUCUACUUUACCAUCAUUCUCAACUCCGUCGCAGCAGCGAUCCAGGGCUGGGACCAAACGGGCUCCAAUGGGGCUAAUCUGACUUUUGGCCAGGCCCUUGGUAUUCCGGAUUCUGGCCCGGUGUGUGAGGCGGCGGGGACGUGUGAGAAGAAUGGGUGGAUUAUUGGGUUUAUCAAUGCUUGUCCUUAUAUUGCCAUUGCUGUAUUCUGUGCUUGGAUCUCUGACCCUGUGAAUGAGCUCUGCGGUCGUCGUGGUACCAUCUUCAUCGCUGCCGUAUUCUCACUCUUGGCGCCCUUUGGUAUGGGUCUGAGCCAGACAUGGGGCGAGCUUGCCGUUUGCCGUGUGCUUCUGGGUGUUGGUAUGGGACUCAAGGAAGUCACGGUGCCUGUCUUCUCCGCAGAGAAUGUUCCAGCUAGUGUGCGUGGCGGACUUGUCAUGUCCUGGCAGAUCUGGACGGCAUUCGGUAUCUUCCUGGGAACGGUCGCUAAUCUGGCUGUCAUGAACACUGGAUCAAUUUCCUGGCGCCUACAAUUCGGAUCAGCAUUCAUUCCUGCCGUUCCUCUAGUCAUUGGCAUCUGGUUCGUUCCUGAAAGUCCAAGAUGGCUCAUGAAGAAGCGAAAGUACGCCAAAGCCUACCGGUCGUUUCUUCGCCUACGCAACACCCCUCUUCAAGCAGCGCGCGACCUCUACUACACCCAUUGCCUUCUCGAGCAGGAAGAGGUUCUGAUUCGCGAAGCUGGAAUCAACCCCAAGUCAAACUUCUUCACGCGCUUUGUUGAGCUGUUCACAAUUCCGCGGGUUCGUCGCGCAACGCAAGCUUCUGGUAUCGUGAUGAUCGGACAACAGAUGUGCGGCAUCAACAUCAUCGCAUUCUACAGUUCGACUAUCUUCGCAGAGGGAGGAGCCACAAACAAGGAAGCGCUCAUUGCGUCCUUUGGAUUUGGUCUUGUGAACUUCACCUUCGCUUGGCCGGCAGUCUGGACAAUCGAUACUUUCGGUCGCCGCGGCCUGCUCCUUUCCACGUUUCCCAAUAUGUUCUGGACACUCCUUGUAGCGGGUAUGUGUUACUACAUUCCCAAGGACAGCGAUGCACACCUAGGCUUGAUCGCCUUUUUUGUGUAUCUAUUCGGCGCCUUUUACUCUCCCGGAAUGGGACCGGUGCCUUUCACGUACUCGGCUGAGGUAUUUCCGCUUUCACACCGAGAAGUGGGUAUGUCAUGGGCUGUAGCCACGAACAACUUCUGGGCGGCAGUGCUGUCGCUCACACUCCCUCGCAUGCUCAAGGUCAUGAGACCUCAGGGAGUAUUCGGCUUCUACGCUGGUCUCAAUGUCGUCGCCCUAAUUAUGAUCUUCCUCUGGCUACCCGAAACCAAGCAGCGGACACUUGAAGAGCUCGACUACAUUUUCGGUGUCCCUACGCGCACUCACAUGAAAUACCAGGCUGGCAAAAACUUGCCUUGGUGGUUCAAGACGUACAUAUUGCGUCGAGAGGGUCUCUCCAAGCCUCAGCUUUACAAGUUUGGUGAUCAGCGUCCACCUGUGAGUGUAACAGCGCAGAUGAGCUACGCUUGGAACACGUACAUUCUUCGAAAGAAGGGGCUGGCUAAGCCGGAUGCUUAUGUUCGAGCGGCGCCUCGAGGCGAGAAGCAGGUCUAGUCAACUUUGGACCGGAAUGUAGCGCGAGGCGAGAAGAGGUGGUGAUGCUGGGUACAUAGUUCGCAGCAUGUUGGAGCUCGUGGAAAGCACUG